AUGGCUAGCGGGUUUGGGGAAUCUACAAGCAGGCAACCCCCAAGCCCUUCUUCAUGCUCAACCAACACCAACAACAACAACAACAGUGAUUCUGCCGGGAAUUUCGAAUGCAACAUUUGUUUCGACCUAGCGCAGGACCCAAUCGUGACUCUCUGCGGCCACCUCUUCUGCUGGCCUUGCCUCUACAAAUGGCUCCGAAUCCAUUCCCGCUCUCAAGAGUGCCCCGUCUGCAAAGCCCUCAUAGAAGAGGACAAGUUAGUCCCUUUAUACGGCCGCGGAAAAAGCUCCACCGACCCACGCUCCCGAUCAGUCCCAGGCAUGGAGAUUCCCCACCGACCCACGGGCCAGAGGCCCGAAACAGCCCCCAGGCCCGAUUCAGGCCCGAACCCGUUUGGGCAGGAGCAGGGGUUUGGGUUCAUGGGUGGGUUCGGCCCGUUUGGUGGCUUCGGGCCCGUGGCGACGACCAGGUUCGGGAAUUUCGCUCUGUCGGCUGGGCUCGGGGGACUGUUCCCCUCGUUUUUCAACAUUCAGGUUCAUGGGUUCCCUAACGCCAACUUGUACGGGCCAGGCCCGGGCCCGGGUUUUCCUUAUGGGUAUCCAAAUGGGUUUCAUGGUGGGCCCGCGCAGGGUUAUGCUGCGCAACGUGGGAAUAAUCAGCAGCAGCAUCAGGCGGACUCGACUCUGAAGCUGCUGUUCAUGGUGAUUGGUUUGAGUGUGCUCCUGACUCUAAUUUGGAGUUGA